AUGGAGCACAUUACUAAAAUCGAAACCGAGUGGGAAAAGCCCGAUAUUGAAGCUGAGUUGAACGAGAAAGCUCAGCCGGGCCUCCUUCCUUUCGAUCUCUUCGCUAUAGAACACUGGGAUAACAAAGCCCCUCUGGAAGAAAGUCCCCGACAAUGGGAGAAGCUGGUCCGCGAAUGGAAAGAGAAGACUCUAAUCGAGCGUGCUCCCUACAACGACGCGGCAUAUCUCGACCCUCCGUCCCCAGCAACAGAAGCUCAAAGAGCACAGAUAUUCAGGCCUAACCAAACAAUCUUCGAGCGAAAUAUCAGCAUAGAGGCGAACAUCGGGAAGCCAAUGACCUGGCUACGAACCUGCUACGACCCCGAUCUAGAAGAAAUAUACAAUGAACUAGCCGAUAAGGCCAGUGCCCCGAGGCACGGAAUAAACUUGAAUGGAGACCGAGAACUGGAUGAUAAAUCUCGGUACGCCUUCGAAGAUUGGCGAGAUGUAUACCUCCGUGUUCCGAACAUUCUUGAUUUUGGACAACUUUCCUAUGGCCCGAGUGAGACGUCGUGGGAUGGGUUGGAUCUAUAUUAUUGUAGCGGUUUGAAUGAUAAGGAGAUGAUGCAGGAGGUUGAAGAUUUGGAAAAUGAAGAGGCGAAGCCGCUUUAUAGGGCUCAGUUGAGGAUCCAGGCGAUUGUUUAUUUGCUUGAUCAGGAGGCGUUGGAGAAGAAGCUUGUUAAGAUGCUUUGGAUUGAUGAGCAUGGGGAGCCCGUUUGGGAUAAUUGGAUUGAUCCUGAUAGAGUUGGGUUAGAUUCGUUUACUGGGCUUUUGAUGGAUGGAUUUAUGCCGUCGGAGAUUAUUGGCGAAAAUAAUUAUGUAAGGGGGAGUUUUAUUAUGAAUUGA